AUGGCAGACUUCAGCGGCGGUAGCAACGUCCCUAUCGAAUCGGCCCGCAGGAAUGCAGACAGGCUCGGCAUCAACUACGAUGCGCUCCCUCAGAUGCCCUUCUGGUCUCGGCUAUUCGGAUCGUCCGACGACUAUGUCAAGACUAGAGUCGCAACCAAGGUCAUGGCCUCGUCCGCUUCUGUUGGCAGAGAGCUCACACAGUCCGAAAAGGAUGCCAUGGCCUACCACUUUUCAAAAUUACUGGUCACCAUUUCAUAUGCGUCACCACUUGCAGUCGGAGCAACCUAUGCGUUUGAGAAAGCCACACGCUCCAAGUUUGGCUUCCCAUUCUAUAAUCCGAAGCCGCCAAGGUUUAACCCAAACAAGUUCCCCGGCGUGCCUGAGGGUAUGAUUUCAACCUGGACAUGGCAUGGAGUCCGGGUGCUUGCCUGGUAUACUGUCAGCAAGGUCUCGAUUGGUCUUCUUGCAACUUCGUACGCAAUCUCUGUCUACUCCGCCAACGCCGGCUCGGACAACAGGCUUGAAUCCUACCGCCGGGAGUUAUCUCGUCGUGCAGGCGUUCCGAUGAGAGGUGGACAGCAACCUGCUCUGCCACAGGAACCUUUAGGCCAGCCACGUCGGCAGUUGUCCCAACCGAGGUGGGAAGAACCAGAGCCAGCACCAGAAUCAGCCGGCUGGGCCGGGUCGGAACAACCCGAAAAGGCCGCACCAAUGUCAACGACGACGCAAUGGACUGCGACACAGAAGCCGCAAACUGAGCGUCAGGAUUCAUACAAUCAAGAGUCUUACAUUUUCGACGAUGCCUCUCCUGUCGCAGCAUCGGAGCAGAACAAUCCUCCAACCCAGCAAUCAACACAGCAAGGUGGCUCUGCUUGGGACAGGAUCAGGGGCCAGGCACAAGCGGCACGUGGUCAGCCAGGCUCAUGGGCCAAGAAACGUCAGGAUGAGAUGACCUCUCGUGGUGCGCAAGAUGGAACUUCUUACAACUACACAACAGCAGACGAGGAGAAGUCGUAUGCCAAGGAGCAGGCACAAAAGGAAUUCGAUGAGAUGCUUGAGAGGGAGCGUCGAGGAAAGGGCCGCUAA